ACUCUUUGGGAGCAGAAGACUGCGAGUGGGCGAGCAAAACAAAACAAAUCUAUUGUGUGUUUUUUAAAAUUAUUAUUGUUUGUCUGUUGCCCUAAUUACAAUAUAUGAGAAGAGAAGUACCGAAUACUUUUAAAAAUGAAUAACGAUGAUUUAAUCUACGCAUCGUUGCUUUUAUUUUCUAUUACAUUUGGAUACUUUAUCCGGCUUUUCAAGGAAAGAGAAUUAAGAAAAUGGGUGUCUACAUUGGUCGGACUGUUGUUAGUUUUUGUUGUAUCCGGCUUUCACAUCGUUCAUCCUUUAAUAUGCACACUGAUCAAUGCAUUGAUUAUAGUGAACAUGGAUAAGACGACUUGCGCCAAAUAUAGCUUUGCCUUCCAGUUUGGCUAUCUCGCUUUCUUCCGCACUACAGAGUAUUUUGGUAUUCCUUAUCCACCAGCACAUACAAAUCUUGUUCAGAUGGUGUUAACCCUGAAGCUGGUGGGUCUUGCCUUCGAAGUCCAAGACACCGCAGUUGCCAAAGCAAAGGCAAGGGACAAGAGUGAGGACAGUGAUACCAACAUUCAGGAAGUGGCAGCUUCUGUCAGUCCUGGGUUUAUGGACAUCUUCCAUUAUGCCUUCACACAUGUUGGAGUCCUCACAGGCCCAUUCUACACAUAUCGUACCUACAAUGAUUGGCUGCACACUCCUUUCUCCGACCAUGCACCUUGCUUUGAGGAGACGUUACGCAAGUUGAAAUGGCUGCCUUUGUUCCUGUCGCUCUUCCUGACGGCCACGUACUUUUAUCCUCUGCAGUAUGCAAAGUCAGAUGAGUUCUACAGCGAGCGGUCAUUCUGGUACAGACUGUGGUACACCUAUCCCAGUUUCUUCAUAUUCCGCAUGCGCAUCUACUCCGGGCUGAUCAUGUCGGAGUGUGUGUGCACGAUGGCGGGCCUGGGAGCGUACCCUGUGGCGACCGCCCCCGUUGCAGGGCAGGGGCCCUCCAAGGACUUCGCUCUUCUCAGACAAGUUGUUUCAGAUCCUGAACAAGCAAAGAAAGCAACAUACAACUUUGAAACUAUCCACAACAUUGAUCCAUAUGGCUCAGAGUUUAUACCCACUCUACGACAAUCCAUGAAGUCCUGGAAUAUUUGCAUACAGUACUGGUUAGCAGUUAAUGUGUACAAAAGAUUGCCUAGAAAUGCAUUCCGAACGACAGUAACUCUGUUUGUUUCUGCAUUUUGGCACGGUAUCUACGCUGGAUACUACUUGUGCAUCUGCACUGUGGCUCUGUACCUGCCUGUUGAAGACUUAUAUGUGAAGCAUUUCACAAAGGGUCUUGGUGGAAUGGCCGGCAAGAUUGCAGAUUUCGUGGUGUGGUUCUUCCGACUGCAAGCGCUUUCCUACAUGGCCAUCACAUUUUUCUUACUUACUAUCCAUGAUUCCUUCAAGUACUGGAACUCCAUAUACUUUUGCUGCCACGUGCUGUGGGCAGCAUUUUAUAUGGUUGGCGUUGUUGCUGUGAAAGCUCGGAAGAAGUCCAACAUGGAGAAGGAUAAGUCUAUUUGAAUAGCUGGGCUUGGUAAAUGAAUCAAAAAUCAAUAUUUUUCCUUCUUUAAGUUAUAUAUAUAUAUUUUUUAUAAUUGUAAUGUGGGGUACACAAUGUGACAAAAUAUGAAACUUAAUAGUGUUUUGCAUGGAAAACAUUCCUUUUAUAUUAAAGUAGAAAACAUGUUAUAAUGUUGGAAGUGUAUUAUUGCACUCUCUCUCCCAACGUAUUUAAAUUAUUGCUAGCGAGUAUAGCAAAAAAAAAAACUACAAAGAAGUUGAAAGCUAGUUCAAUUACAAGCAAGCAAUUAAGGAAAUUAUAAUUGCUGAACUGUAAUUAAGUUUUAAAAAACAGUCAUGAUUCCAAGAACAACUAACAGGGGUUUAAUCACAAGAUGCUCAAAAGAGAUACAAGACUGCAUAGCAGCAAAAAAUAAUCAAAAAGCAAGCAGACUUAGUUAAAAUAUGUCAAACUACCUAGUCAUAACUAAUUGAAAAUACGUUAAUGAAGGACAAUAAUUUAAACCUAAUAAAUUAUUUUCUGGUGCUCCAAAAAUACAAAGCUACCAACAUGAAUGAGUGCAUAAAAAAAUCCAACUCUGUAGACAUCCUCGGACACAUUUAGGCAACAAAUUAGAAACAGCUAUCAUACAGAAGCAUGUUCAAUUUACAGUAAACGUGUGUAUCCUAAGGAGUAAGCCCAAACAGCGCAAUAUUAAAGAACAGUUUACGAAAGUACUUAAUGAAGUUCAUUUCAUUAACUACAAGAAGUGGUAAAAUUUGAUUAAAUAUAAUUAUGGCACAAGCUUAAAUGUUAACGAGUUAAAGACAAACUGUGGGCAGAGAUAUAAAUUAAAGAUUACACAGUGCACUAAAAUACUCAUGGAGAGGUGUCACAAACUGGACCAUGUUUACUUUGUCUGGAAACAUGUGACAGCCACUAUGGAAGUCAUAAUUAAGGUGGUAGAUGAACUAGAAAAAGGAAUAUCAUUCCUAAGAUUUCAAAGUUUUUCAUGUCUCAUGGAGGGAUCUCGCUGAGAGUCAUGGCAAACUAGACGGUGGCAUGCAGCGGAAAAACAGAAUCCCAAACAUAAUUUUGAUAUUGGCGGCCAAAACAAAAAUUUAGAAGAAAGGGACUAAGUUCAAACAACACAUUUAAGGGGUGACCUUUACACACCUACAGUGAAACACUAUGUUAACAGUUUGCCAUGACUCGCCUGGAGAACCUCGAUAGAGCACUCGCCAACGUGAUAAGUCUUUCCUCGCCUUAUAUACCCGAAAUCAGGCUUAUUAAAGUGCGCCAAAAUCAGUGGAGAGGCGAUAGGGAAGGAAUAGAGGGCAAACAGGGUAAGUCGGAAUUAGGGCAGAGGGGAAAAGAAGAGAGGGACAGGGAAAAAAGAGGGAGGAGACAUCUUCCGGAAGUUGCGUAGCUCAAUGUUUAAUAGCAAAUCAUUUUUCUUAAAUGUUCAUGUUUUGAAUUUUUUAAUUUUGUUUUAAUACUUUUGUUUUAUUUUUAAAUGUGAAGAAAAACUUUUUGUAUUACAUAAUUUUGGGUGUAUAAAUAAAGAAUGAUAUUGCUAACAAUUUUUAAGUAUUUUCACAAAGGUAAUUGUUUUAUGUUGUUAAUGCUGUAGUUAGUUUACCUUUUUUUGUAGUUUCUAAGUUAUGAAGCAUUCCUGUCAUUAAAAACUUUACGUAAGUAAAAUUACAAUAAAAAAUGACAUUGAAUAAGCUUAAGCAUUAAAGAUAUGUUGUGUUACUCAAUACUUAAAAAUCACUACCAUAAAUGACUAACAAUAAAUUAUUCUUUUUGUUGUUAUAAUGAAAUAAUAUUAUGUAUUCGUAGUGUCAAUUUUAUAACUUACAGACUAAUCAGUUUACUUAACCUUGAAUUCAUAGUGUUUUUUCAGUUAUUACUGUAUUCUAACAAUCACAAACAAGUAUAACUUAAAAACUGUAUUAAAGUUUUGAUAGAAAUUUUUAACAUACAUGAAUAUAAAUUAACCAGGACUAUAUGCAGUUCUCUAGAUUUACAAAUGCCCUAAUGGAAUCAAAUAUUUACUCAUCAAAGAAAAAAGAUGUCAUUCUUGCACAUAUUUAUGAUUGCCAAUAUGAAUCUGUAUAUGUAUGUAUGCCCAAAGAUGCCAAGAUGUUGAUCUCAGCCUUAUAAAGAGUUAUGUUGACUACAUCAUGUCUUGAGCGGAACAAUGUUCACAAUACUCAUCUUAAAUAUUCUGUGUUUAACAGUUUCAGUGGAAUUGAAACUGAUGGCAUUAGGGUAUUGCAGGUAUUUUGAUAAUGUUUUAUGUAUGUUUAUAGUUUUUAAUUUUUUUUUUAAAAUUUUGUGUAAACUAAGGUACUUCAUUGAAAUUAAUACAUAUGCUUAUGAUAGGAGAAGGGUAGUGGACAUUGUUUUAUGAUUUACUUGCAUAUUAUGAAUAUGUCUUUUCGUCUACUCAUAUUUUUUGAUAUUAUGGAACUUAGUGCCAACAGUUUUUGACUAGUACAAAUUUUUAGAACGUAUAUUAUAAUGUUUACAAUGAAUCCUGAGAAAAAUCACAGCAAAUGAAACAUUGUCUUCAAUAAAAUUUAUGAAAUUUCAAUAAUUGUUUCACUUGUUACUAUGAAUCCUUCUAUUGUGUUAGACAGUGUAUAGUCUGUAUAUUGGUUUGCUUCCCUCAAGUGAGGGAAAAAUGGGCCUCUGAGCAUAAAUGACAAGAUGAGAGUGAAAUUCAUGCAGUUGAGCUGUUUGUUUCUGUAAGCUCAACUCAAAAAGGAUUGAAUCCCACUUUAUAAUUCUUAGAAUACUUAGUUGUAACUUUAAGUACAUAUUUUAUAUUAAAUUUUACGACCCAGCAGUGUAUGGAAUCAGUGUUUGUUUACGUCUGAAAUUUAGAGUUUGUGUUCUAAUGUAACACGCAUGACAUUUGUAGUUACCAGUAUGUAGAAGUCACUUAUUAUUAAACACUACCACAGUACGAAA